AUGGUUGAGACGCCCCCGACCCUAGCGGUACAUCGGUGCCGAUUCGUGGACUUUGCGCCUUCGGCGGUCACUGCGCUCGCUUUCCCUCCGCUUCCACUCCCGUCUGUCAAAGGGAAGAAGGCUGCUACCAGUCAAGGGUUUCCAGGGUUUGGACUAUUGGCAGUUGGACGCGCGAACGGGAACAUCGAGCUUUGCGAGUGGACGGGCCCGAAUCCUCGCAGUCAAGCGCCUCAGGCAUGGGUUGUCCGUAAGACAUUGAUUGGACCAUACCCCUCAAAAGUCGAAUCACUUGCCCUCACUUUCCGCUCCUCAAGACGAGCCGCACAGGAGGAGGUCCCUUCGUGGUCAAACCUCAGACUCUUUAGUGCGGGAGGAGGUAGCGAGCUAGUCGAGUGGGAUAUCGAGAAGGGUAACAUCAAGCGAACGCUAGCUUCGCAAGGUGGUCCCAUCUGGUCCAUUUCGCCUAACCCUGCAUCCACCAUUCUUGCUCUGGGCUGUGAAGAUGGCGCCGUCCGUCUAGUAUCAUUACAAUACGAUGAGCUCAAUCACUUGCGUCGCCUGGACAGGGUGAAGAGCCGCAUCCUAAGCAUCGCAUGGGGUCCUCCUACUCCCCGACAGAAAAAACAGCCAGCUGCAAACGCAGACUCAGACUCGGACGACGAUGAGGAAGACUGGCUGGACUCUUGGCUCGUAACUGGGUGCUCUGACAGCAGCCUGCGAAAGUGGGAUUUCUCAACUGGUCGCGCGCUUGACCGGAUGGGGACGGACAAGGUUCGCGGAGAGCGUACCUUGGUUUGGGCGGUGGGUGUAUUGGGCGAGGGCACCAUUGUGUCUGGCGAUUCCAUGGGCAUUGUCAAGUUCUGGGACUCCAAGACUUGUACUCAGUUACAAAGCUUCCAGGGGCACGCAGCAGAUGUGCUGUGUCUAACUGUAGGCCCUGACGGCUCUGUCGUGUACACGUCCGGAGUUGACCAGAAGGUCACCCAAUUCUCGUACGUCAAGACCUCUCGGUCCUCCACAGACCCCUCUCCCCUAGUCUCUCGCGCGACAGGCCGAUGGGUUCAGUCCCGUUCUCGUCGACUACACUCGCAUGAUGUCCGCGCCCUUGCGAUCUGGCCUCCAUACACUCCUCUCCCACCUUCACAUCAACGACACUACCCCACGGACAUCGCACCUGUCCUCGUGUCAGGAGGACUCGACAUGUCUGUAGUUACCACCCCUGCGGCUCUUCCAACCGCAACGCUCUCUGGCAAGAUCAUGAAUCCUCUUUCCACAAGCACGCAAGCGACCUUUGAGGAUGCAUACCAUAGAAGGCUCGCGUAUUCGAGCGGCUUUUCCGGUACAUCUGCGGUACAUUUGGCGAGGAAAGCUAGGCUUGUACUCUGCAACAGGGAGGCCGGAGUGACGGUGUGGCGGUUGGCAAAGAGGAAGCCUCGGGGAGAUGACCUUGACCUCGGCGCGGACAUACCGGGACAAGAUCGUGGGUGGGAGCGCGUAUUGGACAUGGAUCUAAAUGUACAGACGAACCUUGUCUCGGGCGCCGUCUCGGACGAUGGGCGGUGGAUAGCCGUAUCGGAUUGGCACGAGACAAAGUUGUUCCAGCUCUCUGAGGAGAAGAACGGCGAUCUCAAGCCAAAGCGAAUACGCGACUUCUCCGCUACGCUCCAGAGCACGCUCAACGGCGCUUCCACUGGUGCAUCCUCCCUUACAUUCACUCCCGAGUCGUCGAAGCUUCUUCUCGCCACUUCUAAUUCAGCCAUCGUCCUCGUUGUUGACCUCGGCUCAGAAGGGCACUCGCCACGUGUGCUGCGCAAGUUCGAACAGCAUCGAAUCCGAGACAACGUCGUCAAGGGCCGUCUAGUGAAGGGUCGCCAAAGUUCCCCUGCCGCGAAUGGAGACAGCGAUGUCGAGAUGGGCUUACAGAACGAAGGAGCGCCUGGUGCGGACGGCGCUCAGGCCUCUGAUGACGACUCCGACCUCGAAGACUCGAGAAUAGUCCGUACAACCAUUACCCGCAUGGCCGUCAGCCCCGACGGCCAGUGGCUCGCGACAUCGGACGACCGCAGACGCACACAUAUCUUCAAUCUCGACGCCGUCCAGCAUCAUGGCUCGCUGCCGACGUUUCCCCAGCCGGUCCACGCGCUCGCGUUCGACCCUUCCGCGCCCAGCACGCUCGUGCUCGGCUUCGCCGACAACCAGCUGGAGGUGUAUGAUGUCGAGGCGCGCCAGUUCCCGCGCUGGGCCCGCUCGCUCGUCAACGGGGUCCCGCAGCGCUUCACACACCUGCACGACCCCGUGCUGGGCGUGACCUUCGAUCCAGGUUCGGGCGCAGAGGGCGAGGGCUCCCCGCUCCCGCCCAAGACGGCGCUGUUCUGGGGCGCGACGUGGAUAUGCAAGGUCAUGCUUACUGAGCGCAUCGGGUACAGUGGCUUCGAGAAGCGGAGACGGGGCAAGCGCAAGGCCCCGGAGGCGAGUGCGAGCGCGGACGGCCGAGUCGAGGUCAGCUUGGAGGAGGGCCAGCAGGAGGUGCAGCAGCGCAACUUCAAGCUUGUGACGCACUACCGCCCGUUACUCUUCGUGGACUUCGUCGCGCCCGGGGAGCUCGUCGUGGUCGAGCGGCCGCUAGUGGACGUUCUUGCCAAGCUGCCUCCUGCGUACUUCAAGCCCAAGUAUGGCGCAACCUAG